GUGGGGGUGGAACCACACUCCAUACCAGUAGGUGGCGGUAAUGCUACUAAAAGUUUGUUGCCAACCGCCUGUAAAUCCAAGAAGAAGAAGAGGAAGCAGAAGAAGAAGAAGAAGAAGAAGUGCUCAGACAUACGGAAGCCGGUCCUGCUGGGAUAAGAGAGUGGCCAUGGUUCUCAAAGAUGUUCCAAUUGAUAACAUUACCCGUCCUUUGGGGAGGAACGAGGUAAUUGGUCUGCUUUUCCGACUCACCAUAUUUGGAGCUGUAACCUACUUCACCAUCAAGUGGAUGGUGGACGUUAUUGACCCAACUCGAAAGCAGAAGGUGGAGGCUCAGAAGCAGGCUGAGAAGUUGAUGCGUCGGAUCGGAGUGGAGAACGUCAAGUUGUCGGACUACGAGAUGAGUAUCGCUGCUCAUCUGGUGGACCCAUUGAGCAUGCAGAUCACCUGGAGAGAUAUCGCUGGUCUGGAUGAGGUCAUCACUGAGCUGAAGGAGACUGUGAUCCUGCCUGUUGAGAAAAGACACCUGUUCCUGAACUCCAAACUUCUGCAGCCUCCCAAAGGCGUACUGCUUUAUGGCCCCCCCGGCUGUGGAAAAACACUGAUCGCCAAGGCAACAGCGAAGGAGGCAGGGUUUCGUUUUGUCAACCUGCAGCCAAGCACACUGACAGACAAGUGGUACGGGGAAUCGCAGAAACUGGCAGCUGCUGUAUUCUCAUUGGCUGUUAAGCUGCAGCCUUCUAUAAUCUUCAUUGACGAGAUUGACUCAUUCCUGAGGAGUCGCUCAAACUCAGAUCACGAGGCUACAGCCAUGAUGAAAGCCCAGUUUAUGAGUCUGUGGGAUGGACUAGACACAGACCAUCAUUACCAGGUGAUCAUAAUGGGCGCGACCAAUCGUCCUCAGGACUUGGACUCUGCCAUUUUGCGGCGGAUGCCAACCAGGUUUUACAUCAACCUACCUGGCGAUAGGCAGCGAGAGGACAUCCUUCGACUGAUUCUGAUGAACGAAAACGUGGACGAAUCUGUCGACCUUAAACUUGUUGCCAAGGAGGCCGAUGGUUUUUCAGGAAGUGACCUCAGAGAAAUGUGUCGUGAUGCGGCACUGCUCUGCGUCCGAGACUUUGUCCACAACGAGAGCAGCAGCUCGGAGGAAAAUGGCCCUAUACGUGCUAUCGGUCAGGCUGACCUGCAGACCUCCAUCAACAAGAUGAAGCGCUCUAAGACAGCAAAUAUUCCAGGUGUUCUGGUUCACGCCACUCUGGACUAAAUACUUGGGUUAUAUAAACUUCCAAUGCCUCA